GUCCUCUCACUCUCUCAAGGGAGCAAAAGCACGUGAGCCUCCUCUCCUAAGUGGUCUACAACCGUCUGAGUAAAGAUGUGUGAUGAGGAAGAGACUACCGCUCUGGUGUGUGACAACGGCUCUGGCCUGGUCAAGGCAGGGUUCGCCGGAGAUGAUGCCCCAAGAGCUGUCUUCCCCUCCAUUGUUGGCCGUCCCCGCCAUCAGGGUGUGAUGGUGGGUAUGGGACAGAAGGACAGCUAUGUAGGAGACGAGGCUCAGAGCAAGAGAGGUAUCCUGACCCUGAAAUACCCCAUCGAGCACGGCAUCAUCACCAACUGGGACGACAUGGAGAAGAUCUGGCAUCACACCUUCUACAAUGAGCUGCGUGUGGCCCCCGAGGAGCACCCCGUCCUGCUGACUGAGGCUCCCCUCAACCCCAAGGCCAACAGAGAGAAGAUGACCCAGAUUAUGUUUGAAACCUUCAACGUUCCAGCUAUGUAUGUAGCCAUCCAAGCUGUGCUCUCCCUCUACGCUUCUGGCCGUACCACUGGUAUUGUGCUGGAUGCUGGUGAUGGUGUGACCCACAAUGUGCCAGUAUAUGAAGGCUAUGCUCUGCCUCAUGCCAUCAUGAGGCUGGAUCUGGCUGGCCGUGACCUGACUGACUACCUCAUGAAGAUCCUCACAGAGAGAGGCUACAGCUUUGUCACCACCGCCGAGCGUGAGAUUGUCCGGGACAUCAAGGAGAAGCUGUGCUACGUGGCUCUGGACUUUGAGAAUGAGAUGGCCACUGCUGCCUCUUCCUCCUCCCUGGAGAAGUCCUAUGAGUUGCCCGAUGGCCAAGUCAUUACCAUCGGUAACGAGAGGUUCCGCUGUCCCGAGACCCUUUUCCAGCCCUCUUUCAUUGGUAUGGAGUCUGCUGGAAUCCAUGAGACCACAUACAACGGCAUCAUGAAGUGUGACAUUGACAUCCGUAAGGACCUGUACGCCAACAAUGUGCUCUCUGGCGGUACCACCAUGUACCCAGGUAUCGGUGACCGUAUGCAGAAAGAGAUCACAGCCCUGGCUCCCAGCACCAUGAAGAUCAAGAUGAUUGCUCCACCUGAGCGUAAGUACUCUGUAUGGAUCGGUGGCUCUAUCUUGGCUUCCCUGUCCACUUUCCAGCAGAUGUGGAUCAGCAAGGAUGAGUAUGAAGAGGCUGGACCUUCCAUUGUCCACAGGAAGUGCUUCUAAACACACCAUGUGUAUAUGUUCAUGUACUUACACACAUUUUCUCACAUCCUUUAACUUUUAACUUUCAUCCACAUUAUUUCCUUCAAGCUAAAUUUCCAUUGUCUCCAGUGUCACUCUCCAUCUUGAUUUUAAUUGCACAUGUGUUGUCCUCAACCACUGUGAAUCACUGUUCAUUCCCUCCCUUUUGUUAAUCUCACAAUAAAUACUUCUAAUCCCCCA